AUGAAACAAAAUCCUAAUUUAUAUCCUCCACUUCGUGCUCAUAUAUCAAAACGUGAUACAAAAAGUUUUUUUCUUCAUUGGAUACCUAAUCCAUUAAAUGAACAUCGUUCCAUACUUGGUUAUCGUAUAUAUAUUGAUGAUAUAUUAAAAGGUGCUAUUGAUUCAGGUCGUUUUGAAGCUAUUAUUGAUUAUAUUCGUGAUGAAGGAGAAUAUAAAAUAAAACUUCGAACCUAUAAUGAACAUGGAGAAUCACCAGAUUCAAAUAUUGUUAUUGCAAGAUUUCGUCGUCAACAUUCAACAACAUUGAAUACAGAAGCAACAACAACAAGUCAUCGUACUCAAUCAAAUCAUAUUUUUAAUGAUAUUAAUCAAACACAAAUAAAUGAUAAUUUUAUUAUUUCAUCAAGAGAACCAGAUAAAACACCGGUUAUAAGAGAGGAACGACUUAUUGAUAUUGAACAACAACAACAACAGCAAUGCAAUUCUUCUGUAACACCAGAAAAAAAUACGACUAAAUCCGAUGAACAUAUUUCACCAUUGAAAAUAAGUCCUCAUCUUACUGUUAAUGAUAAUAUUAUUAGUCGUAAACCACCGAAAUCACCAACUUCUAGUCCUAAUCGAACUGACAAAACAUCACCAAAUAAUAAAUCAUGUAGCAAAACUUUAUUUACUCAUAAUAAUAAUAACAAUGAUUCAUCAACAGUUAUUACCACAAAACGUAGUCCUACACGAACUGGCGUUAUGUCUCGUCUUGCUAAAAGUCCACAUAGAAUCAAACGAAAUAAUAUUCUUACAAAUCCUCUACCAAUUGAGAUAAGUAACAAUCUAACGGAUGGGUUGGAUGAAUCCAAAAUUCAUGGAAGCACAGCAGAACGAAUGAUUACAUUUAAACCUGAUUUAAUUAGUAGUAAUCAUGGACAUAUUUUAGCACAGAAAUUUCCGAUCGGAUCAUCUGACAUAUCGAAUUCGAUGACUGUUAAUCAUUUAUUAACAAGCUCUGAUACAUUCUCAUCAAAUUAUCUACCACCACCACCUCCUCCUAUUCCUCCACGAAUAGCAAGACCUACUAUUAAGACUUUAAUUGAUCAACAGUCUUAA